GACAAACAUUGCUAUUUUACCAUUAGUACGGAUAACAAGGAGUGGCGGAUAUAAUUAUGUAUGCGGAAGUUCUUUACCAAUACAUUGCUAAAUAUGUGUUGAAAUGUUGAUUAAACACAAAUUAGACCAUUGUGCGUCUGUCUGUCCGUGUUGCGCCUCCUCACAAAUUUACAAUGAAGUCCUUAAUAUUAUUAGUCCUCCUCAUCGCGUCAAUCCACGCAUUCACCAUCCCCAACCCCAAAACCCCAGUCAAAGCCCAAGCUCUCGAAGACCACAAGAUCAACAAGCGGUUCAUCUCCGCCUUGCUGAUGAGCAUGAUGGAUGACGAUGACUACUUCGAUGACGAUCUGCCGUCCAUCAUUGGGAGGAGACGACCUUCGAGGAGACACCUGCAGCUUGCGCAGAUGAUGAGGCAGUUGGCUGGGCCACGAGGAUUGACAAGAGGACAGAUGCAGAAUAUGCAGAAUAACCUUCAGAAUCUGCAACUGUUGCAGAACAUGCAGCAGAUGAUGCAGUUACAGAACCAGCUGGGGCAGAACCCGCAGGGGCAGAACACGCAGGGGCAAAAUUCGUAGGGGCAAAAC